AUGACUGGAACAACCAAUGGCACCUAUGCCCUUCGUCCAGCGGAAGCCAAGCAUGAUCAAUUCUCCGAUGUCGACAGUAUCGAAGUCAUCAAUUGUGGAGAAGACGCAGCAAAACAUUUCCUCUUUGACCCACAGCAUCGCAACUUGAACCACGGCUCUUUCGGCACCUAUCCGAAAGCAAUCAAGACCGUCUUCCGGCACUUCCAGGACCAAUGCGAAUCUCGACCCGACUGGUUUCUCCGCUAUGAGCUUCCUCAACGUAUCAACGAGUCCCGAACUGCGAUCGCAGAAUACUUGAACGCUCCUGUGGAAGCCUGCGUCUUUGUUCCAAAUGCAACGACUGGAGUCAACGCUGUGCUGAGAAAUUUGGUCUUUCAGCCCGGCGAGGUGAUCAUCUACUUCGCAACCAUCUAUGGCGCUUGUCAGAAGUCUGUGGAGUACAUCCUCGAGACGACACCAGCCGAAGCCCGACAAGUGGAGUACACCUACCCUUGCUCCGACGACGACCUGUGUGCUGCGUUUGAGAAGACGGUCCAGAGAAUCAAAGCGGAAGGCAAGACUCCCAAAGUCGCCAUCUUCGACACCAUCGUCUCGCUGCCCGGUGUCAGAGUCCCUUUCGAACGCCUCACAAAGCUGUGUCGCGAGCAUAAUGUCCUCAGCUUGAUUGAUGGCGCCCACUCUGUAGGUCACAUCCCAAUGGACUUGAACGAACUUGACCCAGACUUCUACGUCUCGAAUUGCCACAAAUGGCUGUUCGUACCUCGCGGCUGUGCCGUCUUCUUUGUCCCAGACAGGAACCAGCAUCUCAUGCGUUCUUCGCUACCGACCAGUCACGGCUUUGUGCCGCGAGGCUCAUCCGCGAUCAACAACCCUUUGCCCCCCUCCGCGGAGAGCGAAUUCGUCACUCAGUUUGGGUUCACAGGCACUCUGGACUUCUCGGCAUAUAUGUGCGUUCCUGCAGCGCUCAAGUGGAGAAGCAAGGUCGCUCAUGGUAAUCUGCGUGGCGAGGAAGCGAUACUCGCCUACUGUCAGCAAUUGGCGAAAGAUGGUGGAAAGCUCGUCGCGGACGCCUUCGAUACAAAGGUGAUGGAGAAUCAAGAGGGCACUCUAGGGCAGUGCAAUCUUGUCAAUGUUCCUCUUACGGGUCUGUUCGAGCAGGCUGCUGGAAGUGAUGCUGCUACGGCGUCCAAGAUUGUGGUAUGGAUGGCAAAGACUCUGACAGAUGGGUACAACACCUUCAUUGCGAUGAUUGUCUACAACAACGAGAUCGUGGUCCGACUCAGCUCGGAGAUAUACUUGACGCUUGCAGACUUCGAAUGGGCGGCGAAGACCCUGAAGGAGGUUUGCGAGAGGGUUCGGAACGGAGAGUGGAAGACACCCCAGAAGUAA